AUGGAACCUUGCCAAUAUGUCCUGAUGUUGAACAACGCCUGCGUGGAUGGUCCAUUACCGAAAGCUAGAGUGCUCGAAAUUAUUAAGCAUCCACUUUAUGACGAGUACACGAGAGCGCACGACAUCGCCUUACUGCGAAUAGUACUCGACACGUAUAACGUAACUUGGACCAACGACGCCAUAUUACCUAAUAGCUCAUUUGGCUUAUCAGGGGAGCGGUUGGCCAUAAAGGGAUAUUUGCCCCAACUUUCUGCAUUGGCGAGGGCCAUUAUAAAGAUG